AUGCGAGCCUCUGGAAUUUUUGCUAUUCUUUCUCUCGCCGUGUCGAGCUGCGUCGCAGAGAAAGAUGCCCCCGUCGUAACCGGCAAUCCUCAAAGCGUCGAAUACAAGGCCACUCUACCCAAAAAGCCCUUCUUCGCCGGCGCUGAUCUGGCGGGCAACGUCAAGGGCUCUGUUUCCGCCGUGGCUGCUCCUGGCGGCAAGGGCGUCAGGUUCAGAGUCCAAUUCGAAAACUUCCCCAAAAGCGGCGGCCCCUUUAUGUACCACAUCCACGAAGAGCCGGCUACCAAUGGCAACUGUACGAGCACCCUGGCUCAUCUGGACCCGUAUCAUCGCGGCGAGACGCCCGCUUGCGAUGCUUCCAAGCCCGAGACUUGCCAGGUCGGUGAUCUGAGUGGCAAGUACGGCAAGAUCAUCUCGGAUCCCUUCGUGGCCGAGUACUUUGACCUCUACACCUCUCUUUCACCUGACAACCCGGCCUUCUUUGGCAACCGAUCGAUCGUCGUCCAUUAUGCGAACAAGACGCGGCUGACGUGCGCCAACUUUGCCAAGCUGCCAGUUCAUCACCAUCCCACGGGAACCCAUUACACCACCGGCUCUCACCACACCACGAGUGUCUCUCCUACAGGUGCUGCCAGUCCAACUGGCGUCGUCACCAUCACUUCGACCAGCUAUGCUACCGUCCCUCCUGAGAUCACUACAAGUGCCACGUCAUCCAUUGCUCCUUUCCCAGGAGCUGCUUCAGGUAAUAGAGUAUCCGUCUUCUCUUUGCUGAGUGGCGUUGUUGCUGUCAUGUUCUUCUCCCUGUGA